UUCACAAAUCGCAAGGUUACAACAACAGCAGUGCCUCACUAUAGGAGCCAUGGAGGAUACAAACACUGAAGGGUUCGGUCAGUUCACCUUAAAGACAAUUGUAGUGCCCACCUUCUCGGCCAUAGAAAACCAGCCAAUGGUCAGCGAAGGGACCACCGGUCAGUCAGAGGGCGAGGGAGAGGCAGAAAUGGAGGCAAAAGACGUGUACUUCAUAUGCAGCCAUUGCACAAAGUGCUUUGACAACAAGAAAUCGCUGAUGCGGCAUCUAGACACGCACAAGGACACCGUAAACGAGCCCAAGUCUGAAGUGAUCAACACGAAGUCGCGGGCCCUGGACUGCAAGAAGUGUCGGCUACCAUUCCACUCGGUGGAGGACCUGGAGUUUCACAUGAACAUGAAGCAUGCGUCUGAUACCGAGUCGGCUGACUAUAAGCAUGCGCUGAGGAUAGUUGAAAGGGCCGAGGGCAAGCUGCCCUGCCCUGUCUGCAACAAGGUGUUAGCGAGUCGUGGCAACCUUCAGAAGCACAUGUUUCUGCACAGCGGGGUGAAGCCCUGGUCAUGUGACGUCUGUGGCAAGUGCUUCUCCCUCAAAGGGAACCGUGAUAAACAUGCCCUCAUACAUGAAGGCGUGAGAAAGUUUGAAUGCCAGGUCUGUAACAAGAAGUUUGCCUUGAAGGGCAACCUUCAUCAACACAUUCUCACGCACACAGAGACCAAGUUCUUCCGCUGCGAAUAUUGCAGCGCCGAGUUUACGCUGAAAGGGAACCUCGACAAGCACGUGAGGAGACAUUUCGAUGCAAAACCUAAAAAGUCUGGCAAAAAGGGGCGGGACCCACAGCUUCUCUUGAUGAAAAAUGAGGAGGAGAACGCAGCCAAUCAGAUACGGGAGGUGGAACCAAUGAUUGAGGAAGUCGCGGAACACGUCGAGAUACAAAAUGACUCUACAUUAGAUAAUCAGGGAAUGUAUUUGGAUUGCAACUAUGCCAGUGACAAUUUGAAUAUUCUCGGUGAGUGCGCGACGGUAGUGUUGAGUAAAUCGGAACCUAGGUUUGGUAACUCGAACGUCAGCCAGCUAGUGAGCUCAGUAAGUGAACAUAUUAAUGGAAUAAAGCCUGAUCCUGAUCAUGCUGAAGUGUCCACGGAAUAUGAGAGCAUUUCCUCGAUUUCAAAACUGGACGGUACAGAGUGUGUACCGGAGCCUGACCCGAGUGCUGCUAUGGCAACUGCUGGCCCCAACGAUGCAUUGAGCGGCAAUUCUGUACCGGCUGGGCAUGUCAAGGUCGCUGUGAGCCUCAGGAACCCAAGUACCGGUGCCAGAAACACAGUAUUGUUGAUCAUGAAGAAGGGGCAAAGCAUCGAUCAGAAACGUAUUGCACAGAUGUUGGAUGCACGUAUGGUGUGUAAACAGUGAACACAUGGUGUGUAAACAGUGAACACACUGUGUGUAAACAGUGAACAUGUGGAGUGUAAACAGUGAACACAUGGUAUGUAAACAGAGAAGGGACGGUGUGUAAAACAGUGAAUGGCAGGUGUGUGAACAGAGACCACAUGGCGUGUAAACAGUGAACACAUGGUGUGUAAACAGUGACCACAUGGUGUGUAAACAGUGAGCACAUGGUGUGUAAACAGUGAAUGCAUGGUGUGUAAACAGUGAACACAUGGUGUGUAAACAGUGAAGGCAUGGCGUGUAUACAGUGAACACAUGGUGUGUAAACAGUGAACACAUUGUAUGUAAACAGUGAACAUAUGGUUUGUAACUGUAAACUGUGAAUGCAUUAUUUGUAAACAGUUUAUAAAUAGUGAAUGCAUAGUCGUAACCAAUAAAGGUAUAAUGUGUAAUUGUACAGUCGUGGGUAAACGUUUAAUGCAUUUUGGGUAAGCUGUCAGUGCAUUGGGUAAAAAUAGUGAACAGUGAAUGAUGGUGUAUACACAAUGAUGUCAUAGUAUGAAGACAGUAAACAUAUGGUUUGUUCUGUGAAAGAAAGAAAUUUAGUUUAGACUGGUAAUCAAAGGAAGCUGUUUGCACAGUGUGUUUAUUGAGGAGAUACAAUGAUGGGCAAAUUAGCAGCGAGUUUGAUUAGAUUUGUUGUUGAAAACUGAACAAUACAUUCACAAUUUUUUUACAAAAUCAACACAAAUGGCAAGAGAAUGUACUAGACAAAGUCAGCAUUGUGUUAGUUACAAAAACAUUCACUUUAGAAAAUCAUUAAAGUUAUUUUUGACACUUUUCAUUGAUAUUUACAAAAAAACAACAUUAAAUAGUGUUUAAAACAUAAGUCUGAGUGGGUAGAGUGAUUGAUGAACUUAGAGUUUGUACAUAAUUUAUUGAUUGUUUUGUUGUUGUUUUUUGCUUAAGUUUUUCAUUAAAACUAUCAAUGACACUUUGAUAAAUGACAAUACAUUUAUUGGUUGGCUUUAAAUGAAUUAUCUACAUGUAUAUGCAGGUAGAUUUAAAGGUGUUUGUAUACUUUACUGUAUUGGUAGUACUUGAUGAUAAGGGAGUCAAUAAAUUAAAUGAUACACUAUUAUGUGUUACAUUUCAUGCAAAUGUUUUCUUUUUUCUCCAGGAAACUCUCAGACACUUUUUAGGUGUGCUUAUUUUGUUUUUUUUAGUUGAUUUAUUCACUGAGCUCCUAAGAAACUACAUAUUCUCCCAUGCAAAUAGUACAUAUUCCCUUUGCAUUAAGCAGUACAUAUUCCCUUUGCAUUAAGCAGUACAUAUUCCCUUUGCAUUAAGCAGUACAUAUUCCCUUUGCAUUAAGCAGUACAUAUUCCCUUUGCAUUAAGCAGUACAUAUUCCCUUUGCAUUAAGCAGUACAUAUUCCCUUUGCAUUAAGCAGUACAUAUUCCCUUUGCAUUAAGCAGUACAUAUUCCCUUUGCAUUAAGCAGUACAUAUUCCCCUUGCAUUAAAUAGUACAUAUUCCCCUUGCAUUAAAUAGUACAUAUUCUCCAUUGAAUUAAAUAAUAGAUAGUGCAUGUACCCAUGGCAUUAAAUUGUUCAUAUCCCCCCUGCAUUUAAUAGUACAUAUUCCCCCUUUGCAUUAAAAGUAGUACAUAUUCCCCCUUGAAUUAUAUUGUACAUAUCACCCCUGCAUUAAAUAGUAUAUAUUCCCCCUUGCAUUAAAUAGUACAUAUUGACCCUUGCAUUAAAAAGUACAUACACCCCCUGCAUUAAAAGUAGUACACUUUCACCAUUUAAUUAAAAAGUACAUAUCCCCCCCCCCUGCAUUAAAUGGUAUGUAUUCCCCCUGCAUUAAAUAGUACAUAUUCCCCGUGCAUUAAAUAGUAUAUAUUCCCCCUUGCAUUACAUAGUACAUAUCCCCCUACAUGAAAUAGUAUAUAUCCCCCCUUGCAUUAAAUAGUACAUAACAGUAUUCACCAUUGCAGUAAAAA